GGUGACGCAGCGCGUGCGCGGUGACGUCGCGGGCGGCCCGUGCCCGUGUCCUGCCGCCGGUCCCGGCCCUGCCCGCCCGCCCUCGGCCCGCCCGGCCCCGCUCGGCCCCGCCGCCCGCACGACAUGGCCAACGUGGCCGACACCAAGCUCUACGACAUCCUGGGGGUGCCGCCCGGCGCCUCCGACAACGAGCUCAAGAAGGCAUACAGAAAGCUGGCUAAGGAAUACCAUCCUGAUAAGAAUCCAAAUGCAGGCGACAAAUUCAAAGAAAUAAGCUUUGCCUAUGAAGUAUUGUCAAAUCCGGAGAAACGUGAGUUAUAUGAUAGAUAUGGAGAGCAGGGUCUCCGAGAAGGGAGUGGAAGCAGUGGAAUGGACGAUAUUUUCUCCCAUAUCUUUGGUGGUGGAUUGUUCAAUUUCAUGGGUGGUCAGAGUAGAAGUCGUAAUGGUAGAAGAAGAGGAGAAGAUAUGAUGCAUCCACUCAAAGUCUCUUUAGAAGAUCUGUAUAAUGGAAAGACAACUAAACUACAACUUAGCAAGAAUGUCCUUUGUAGUGCAUGUAAUGGGCAGGGAGGGAAGGCUGGAUCUGUUCAGAAGUGUAACGCGUGCCGGGGCAGAGGUGUCCGUAUCAUGAUCCGACAGCUCGCCCCCGGGAUGGUUCAGCAGAUGCAGUCUGUGUGCUCUGACUGCAAUGGAGAAGGUGAAGUAAUUAAUGAAAAAGACCGCUGUAAAAAAUGUGAAGGAAAGAAGGUGAUCAAGGAGGUAAAAAUACUUGAAGUCCAUGUAGACAAAGGCAUGAAACAUGGACAAAGAAUUACAUUCAGUGGAGAAGCAGAUCAGGCUCCAGGUGUGGAACCAGGCGAUAUUGUCCUUUUGCUCCAAGAAAAGGAGAAUGAGGUGUUCCAGCGAGAUGUGAAUGAUUUGCAUAUGACACACAAGAUUGGACUUGUUGAAGCACUGUGUGGGUUUCAGUUCACAUUUAAGCACCUUGAUGGACGUCAAAUUGUGGUUAAAUAUCCUCCUGGAAAAGUAAUUGAACCAGGUUGUGUCCGUGUAGUCAGAGGUGAAGGAAUGCCACAGUAUCGCAAUCCUUUUGAGAAAGGGGAUCUUUACAUUAAAUUUGACGUUCAGUUUCCUGAAAAUAACUGGAUUAGCCCAGAAAAGCUUUCAGAACUUGAAGAUCUUCUGCCAGCUAGACCAGAAUUUCCAAAUGUAAUUGGUGAUGCAGAAGAGGUAGAUCUUCAGGAAUUUGAUACCACUCGUGGUUCAGGUGGUGGCCAGAGACGUGAAGCUUAUAAUGAUAGUUCUGACGAAGAAAGCAGCCAUCAUGGACCUGGGGUACAGUGUGCCCAUCAGUAAACAUUUGUCUAAAAAGUUGCACAAGGAUUUUCUUUCAAAUUUUGCCUGACCUGUUUUCAACAAUCCAGCUGGAUUGUAUAAGUAAUCCAGAUGAACCAAUGGACAUCUAUUGCUGUAUGUGUAACUUUUAAAUUGGUCUAUAGUAUCUACAGAGUGUAAUUUAAACUAACCACAAGCUUACAUCUUCAUUUUGACUGUGUAGCAGAAUAAAGCACUUGAAAGGAAGACGAGACUCCUUUUCACAUGGGUUUUAAGUUUGUCCUCGUAUCUGUGCUUGAUUUUUAUCAGUUUUGUGUAGAUUUUAAGUUUCAUAUUUUAAAUUCAAAUUCUACAUUGUAAAGUUUGUGUACAAUUUGUCCUGAGGCUUGGUAUUUGGCUGCACCUGCAUAAGCUGCUACAAGUAGAAUCAAGAAUUUUUCAUAGCCUGUAUCUAUCAUCUAGAUGCAUGGUAAUAAAUGGGCUUUGCACAUAAUGGGUUUAGAGCUGACUGGGAACAAUGAAAGAAUGAAUUAGAAGUGGUUGUAAGUUUUUUCUACCAUCUUGUGAACGGUUUCUGAAAUUAAAUAAAAGCAGUUGGUGUAUAAUAUAUUUCUUUUGCCUUGUAACUCUUACUUUUCCAGUGGCUUUAACUAGUCUGUGUAUGAGGAGACUAUGUAGAUGAUAGACAUUUUGUAAACACAGGGAGGCUGAAGCUGCUUUAAGACUAAGCUAAGGUUAGGUAACAAUUGUGUGCCACAUAAAAGUCUUUUCUUGAAAUGAGACUUGACUAAAUGGGCACAGGGAAGGUUGCAGCCAUGUCCCUCCCCUUUGUGUGAAGAAAACACAAGGAAUACCGAAUUCAGUUUGAAGAUAAGAAAACAUUUAAAUGGGGAUGAUUAUAUUCUGAAAUAAUGGUGUUUUUCUUUUAGCCUUUGAAUCCUACUCAAAGCCUGAUUCAGCCUCACUUCCUAGAGAAAUGUUUCCAGUUUAAAAAAAAAAAAUGUUUGACCUGGAAACAUCAUAAAUGUAGAUGGUUUUGUUACUUUUUUGGUAGUUUGCACUUUGUUUUAAUUAUGAAGAUAUUAAGUUCUCCAGCUUCAGUUCUGUUACUUUGAAUUGGUAAAAAUGCCCCAACAAGGCAAAAAUGUGACCUUAAUUAAGGAAUGUUGUGCAUGAACAAUGUUUGGUUGGUAAGCUGCCUCUCUAUAGCAAGGUUUCUCUCCCUGUUUAAGUGAGAAAGUUGAAGCUCUACUUUUCUUUACAAAUCUGAAGUGUGACUUGUUUAGUUAUUGCUCUGAUAGUUGUUGACAUUUUACCAAUGAGGUUGGAGGGACAAACUCCAGGGGUUUCCAUGUGCUUGGGUAGGCAUUGGCAUUUGAGUGUUGCUGAACAUCCUUGUUAUAGACUCUAAAAAUGAAGCAAAAAUAAAUACUGUUUGAUCUGUAUUUCAGUAUUGACUUAUGCUGUGGCAUUCUCUGGUGGAUCUUUUUUUUUCAUUUAUUAAAACUUUGGGUUGCUUUUUGUGAA